UUCAUGCCCGAACGCUGGUACAAAUCUCCCGCCUCCGUUAGGAAAAAAAGCGCAUAUGCACCUCUCUCCGCAGGACCACACAAUUGCAUCGAUAAACCCCUCGCGCUCAUGAAUCUGCGCACUACAGCCGCAAAGCUACUUCACCGAUUCGACGUGUGCCUCGCGGCUGACGACGAUGGUACAGCGUUCGAAAGGGACAUGAAGACGCAGUUUGCCGCAGUCACGGGACCUUUAAGUCUGAGAUUUACUGAAAGGAAAAUUGGAGGCUAAAGUAAGGAGUUUGGUAUCAUUCUUUGAGAGCAGCAGUUCAAAGUAAGUUGGGCGCACAGUAGUACCCAGACGUUGAUCCGGUGGAG